AUGGGUACUCUCUUUCUCUACAUUGUGGUUGUUUUAUUAGUCUUACUAUAUAAAACACCAUUGCUUUCUUCUUCUCCUACUUCUCUUUCACUUCCCUCGGUAUUGAAACCGGGUUCAUCUCUCUCUGUGGAGAACAAAGAUGACUUCUUAAUCUCACCCAAUGGGCUUUUCACCGCCGGCUUUUACAGUGUUGGUGAGAAUGCCUAUUGCUUCUCGGUAUGGUUUACUAAACCUCUUGCGGACCAAAGUCACACCAUAGUUUGGAUGGCUAACCGCGAUGCACCAGUUAAUGGAAAGCGUUCAAAGCUUUCCUUGUUAAAAACCGGAAAUCUUGUUUUAAGGGACGCAGCGCAACCACUCCCCAUUUGGACCACAAAUAUUAUAGACUCGAAAGAACCUGCCCAGCUAUUUAUAAACGAUACCGGAAACCUUUAUCUUCAAAAUAAUGAAACCCAAGUUAUUUGGCAAAGCUUUGGCUCCCCCACUGAUACCCUUCUUCCCCUACAAAAAUUCACCAAAGAUACAUCACUUGUAUCUUCAAGAAGUUUAACGAAUCACUCUUCAGGGUUCUACAAGCUCUACUUUGACAAUGAUAAUGUCAUUAGACUUGUUUAUAACGGCCCUAGUGUAGCGGGAAUUUAUUGGCCAGAUCCUAAGAUAACGGCUUGGGCAUCUGGUAGGAGCACCUGGGCCAGCCGAAGGACUGCUACCCUGGAUUUGUCCGGUCAUUUCGUAUCAAGUGAUAGCCUAUUCUUCAAUACAUCAGAUUCCGAAAACCAGUCAGUUAGACGGUUGACUGUGGAUGUUGACGGUAACUUUCGGGCCUACAGUCUAGAUGAGACCCGAGGGAUUUGGAAAGUUACUUGGCAGGCGAUUUCCGACACUUGCAGAGUUCAUGGAAUAUGUGGAGAAAAUAGUACAUGUUCUAUCAGUCCUAAUCAUGGUAGGAAAUGUUCGUGCAUACCCAAUCAUACUAUGAUCAAUCAAACAGAUUGGUCAUAUGGUUGUAAACCAGAAUUCAAUACAACAUUAUGUGGAAACGGUGAGGAUGAUUUCUUACAUUUUCCUCACUAUGAUUUCUACGGUUACGAGGCUAGAUUUGUGCCGAAUGUGACACUAGAUGAAUGUAAGAGAGUGUGUCUAGGCAUCUGCAACUGCAAAGGAUUCCACUUCAACUAUGAGACUGAGGGCUAUUUCUCUUGCUACGCCAAAUUUAAACUAAUAAACGGGUUCAGAACCAUGAGUUCUAACGGUUCCAUGUAUCUAAAGGUGCCCAAAAGUAUUCUCCUAUUGUCCAACAACAGUGAAAAAAUUGUUCAUGAAGACCGCUUAAUCUGCAGCGAGAAAUUACCAACAGUCCGAAUCGACAGAGCUUAUAUAAAGAACCCAAAAAAUGAGUCAGUCAAGUCCCUCAUGAUAUUUACCUAUGUAUUUGGUGCACUAGAGACCAUUUGCAUUAUCUACUUCUUUUAUCGUACUCGAAAUCCAUCGAAGACAAGACAAGGUUACGUCCAAGCUGCUACAGGAUUUCAGAGAUUCAGCUAUGCGGAAUUGAAAAAGACCACUAAAAACUUUAGCAAAGAGAUAGGAAGAGGAGGCGGUGGAAUCGUGUACAAAGGAGAAUUUUCAAACAAUCGAGUUGCCGCAGUCAAACUUCUUAAGGAAUUCGGUAACAAACAAGGCGAAACUGAACUUUUGGCGGAGAUAAGUACCCUUGGGAGGCUGAACCACAUGAAUUUGAUAGACAUAUGGGGGUACUGUGCUGAGAGAAAACACAAAUUGUUGGUUUAUGAGUACAUGGAAAAUGGGUCAUUGGCCCAAAACUUGCAUUCCAGUAAGCUAGAUUGGGGUAAGAGGUUUGACAUUACGGUGGGUACUGCGAAAGGGCUAGCUUAUCUACACGAAGAAUGCUUGGAAUGGGUUUUGCAUUGUGAUGUUAAGCCUCAUAAUAUAUUGCUGGAUAGCAAUUGGAAUCCAAAGGUUGCAGAUUUUGGGCUGUCUAAGUUACUAGACAGAGAUGGAACUCGUAAUUCAGAGUUCACAAGAGCAAGAGGGACAAGAGGUUACAUGGCUCCAGAGUGGUUGUUUGUUAAUCAUCCAAUAACCUCAAAAGUUGAUGUAUAUAGUUAUGGAGUUGUGGUGUUAGAGAUGAUAACAGGGAGAAGCCCAACAGGUGAUCAAUGUGCCAAGUCGAAGGGAAGGCUCGAUAGUUGGGUGAAAGAAAAGAUGAUAGCAGCUGGUGGAACGAAAGACUGGAUCGAAGAGGUUGUGGACGUUACCGUUGAUGGAAAAUACGACACAAGUAAAAUGGAAAUUCUGAUUAAGGUGGCUUUACAGUGUUCGGCGGAAGAUAAAGACGCUAGACCAACAAUGAGCCAAGUGGUGGAUAUGCUGCUACAUGUAGAGAAUUAAUGAAAGACUAAACUAAAUAUAGGGGUCAAAAUGUAGAUAUUGUAAAAUAGGUUUAUGGGUCAAAUUGUGUUUGUUUAGUGUAAAGGGUGAGGUAAGUUGUAAAUUAUAAAUCAACAUAUUAGGGUUGGUUGUAGGCUGUGCCAUUCAAUGUAAACGACACGUCGGUUCGCAUAUGUGUAUAUGGGUGUAUGAGUCAAUUGAACCAUGAAUGAUGUAUUGUAUAAUUUGUAUUGAUAAUUGUUUAUUAAGGUUA